UCCUCCAAAAAGAAACCCUAAUUUCCCUCUCUCUCUCUCCUCCUCUCUUUAUAAACAAACCCUUCCUCUCUCUCUGUAAAGAGAUUACUCUUCAAUCUCUCUCCGUCCCUACAAACUUACCAUUUCUCUCUCAGGAAAAACCCAUUUCUUGUUUCUUCACUUUCUUCUCCGAAAAUGAGAGAAAUCCUUCACGUUCAAGGUGGGCAAUGUGGUAACCAGAUCGGUGCUAAGUUCUGGGAAGUUGUUUGCGCCGAGCACGGCAUUGAUACUACCGGAAAGUACCAGGGAGAUUCCGAUCUUCAGCUUGAGAGAAUCAAUGUCUACUACAAUGAAGCCAGUUGUGGAAGGUAUGUACCUCGCGCUGUUCUUAUGGAUCUCGAGCCUGGUACUAUGGAUAGUAUCAGAUCUGGCCUUUAUGGACAGAUCUUCAGGCCGGAUAACUUUGUUUUUGGUCAAUCUGGUGCUGGAAACAACUGGGCUAAAGGUCAUUACACUGAAGGCGCUGAACUUAUUGAUUCUGUUCUCGAUGUCGUCCGAAAGGAGGCGGAGAACUGUGAUUGCUUGCAAGGGUUUCAGGUGUGUCACUCUCUAGGAGGAGGAACUGGAUCUGGAAUGGGAACUCUUCUGAUUUCGAAGAUUAGAGAAGAAUAUCCGGACAGGAUGAUGCUUACCUUCUCUGUCUUUCCAUCUCCUAAGGUGUCUGAUACUGUGGUUGAGCCUUACAACGCUACUCUCUCAGUUCAUCAACUGGUUGAAAAUGCAGAUGAGUGUAUGGUUCUUGACAAUGAAGCUCUCUACGAUAUCUGCUUCCGUACUCUCAAACUCACCACUCCAAGCUUUGGUGAUUUGAACCAUUUGAUCUCUGCAACAAUGUCUGGUGUGACUUGCUGUUUGAGAUUCCCCGGACAACUUAACUCUGAUCUCAGAAAGCUAGCUGUUAAUCUCAUUCCCUUCCCUCGUCUCCACUUUUUCAUGGUGGGUUUUGCUCCUCUCACAUCUCGUGGUUCCCAGCAGUACAGAGCUCUUACUGUCCCUGAGCUUACUCAACAAAUGUGGGAUGCCAAGAACAUGAUGUGUGCUGCUGACCCACGACAUGGUCGCUACUUAACUGCCUCUGCUAUGUUUAGAGGCAAGAUGAGCACAAAAGAGGUAGAUGAGCAAAUGCUCAACGUGCAGAACAAAAACUCUUCUUACUUCGUGGAGUGGAUUCCAAACAAUGUCAAAUCGACUGUUUGUGACAUCCCUCCAACUGGUUUGAAGAUGGCUUCUACUUUCAUUGGUAAUUCCACAUCCAUUCAGGAAAUGUUCCGUCGUGUGAGCGAGCAGUUCACUGCCAUGUUUAGAAGGAAAGCUUUCUUGCAUUGGUACACUGGGGAAGGUAUGGACGAGAUGGAGUUCACUGAGGCUGAAAGUAACAUGAACGAUCUGGUUUCUGAGUACCAGCAGUACCAAGAUGCCACAGCUGAUGAGGAAUAUUACGAUGAAGAAGAAGAGGAUGUUGAAGAUCAAGUGUAAGAAGAUAGUGAUAAUGUGGGGUUUUAUGAAUAUGUUUGUAGGGAUGUAAUAUGUUGCAACUCUUGCAACUUUCUGUUGCCAGUCAUAUGGAUUUGUCUAUUUUUCUGUUGUCUUUUAUCAUGUGCUUGACUUUUGAACUGAUUGUGUCUCCAGACAGUUGAAUUUUUAACCUACAUAAUAUGAAUUUUGUUCGAAUCCCAUAUGUGAACUUCAAAUUCUCUAGCUGAAUUGUCAUUCGAUUUGAAUAGCCAAA